AUGUCGCAGAGUCAGCUGCUGACGGACUUGGGUAAAGUACGGUGGAAUGGAAACCCUAAGGAGUAUACGGACCAGUUUGCGGCUGUAGCGGAGCGUAGUGCGGUGAUCGCCCCCGACGAACUCGCUGGCUUCCAGUGCACUGGGCUACCAACUGACCUCCAUCUUCUCAUUACAAAUAAUGGGCAGGAGAAGUAUUCCUCCUGGGGACAAGCGGCGACAGCAGCAGCGCGACUCUAUGAAACUAAGCAGACCGUACUGGAGCUACGAGAAAGAGCAAGUCGAGCCAUAAGAUCUGCAACUGAGGCAGAUGAAACACAGCGGAAGCAGGAAAUUGAGACUAAGCGUGGGAGAAACUCCGGGAAAUGCUACGGGUGUCAGGGUCGUGGACACGCGGCACGAGUUUGUCCCAGCAAAGUGGAAACUCCGGGAAAUGCUACGGGUGUCAGGGUCGUGGACACGCGGCACGAGUUUGUCCCAGCAAAGUGGAACGAACCAAGCGUCCGGUCUAGACCUCCAAGAAGUGUGGAGGUAUGGGGCACUACGCAAGAGACUGCCCCACACCGUGUCGGGCUAGAGCAGAGUCUGAAGGGAGGCCCGGACAACAGCCAACGCAUCCAAGUUCCGGCAGUUCUGGGCGUAAACGAUUGA